AUGUCCCGCAUCGCUUUGGAGAGCAUCCCUGGUCUCACAUUCUACAAAAACGCGCUUACAGCUGCGCGACGGACCAGUCCUAUUGCUCAACUGGUAUGCAUUGGGAAAGCGUGCGGGUUGUAUCAGCCAGAUGUCGUGCGCUGCAGUAAUAUUGGAGGGUCGGGUACGGACGUUGAUUGGAAGUGCGAGGCGGACCUACCGUCCUCUUUACGUUUCGGCCGAGUCGAGGUCUCUUGCGAGGGAUGGAAUGGCCCUGGCGAUCCAUACGUCAUGAAAGGAUCCUGUUCCCUCGAAUACAACCUCGUUCAACUCCCUGAUGCCCUUCGCGCCGACUCUGACUCAAGCUGGUCUCGCUUCUACACCCGACCAUGGUUCAACAGUAAGUCUUGCGCACGCUCGUCUAUCAACGCUUACUUAUUCCCUGCAUACCCAGACCUCGAUUAUUCCGGUAUCUUCUUCAUGCUCGUAUGGAUCGUAGUCCUGGGCAUGAUAAUGUACAGCUUUAUCCAACCUUGCUUGCGGCGCAAUACGUCAGAUGCCAACCACACCAGCCCUCCCUCGUAUCCCGGCGAUAGGCAAGGCAGGUCAGGAUCAGGAGGAUUCCCCGGCUCUUAUUAUACUAGCCCACCCCCACCAUACACCAAAGACGCGGGUUCAGGCAACAGCUCGCAGUGGCAGCCAGGGUUUUGGAGUGGCGCUGCACUGGGGGCGCUGGGAAAUCACCUUUUGAAUCGUCCGUCGGGGUCGCGGGAGUAUGACUGGGAGCGGGAGAGGCGACUGCAGGGUAGUAUCUCGAGGAGCAGACCUGUGCCUGGGUAUGAUAGUCAGGAUAGAGGAGAGGGGUCGUCUGGUUUGGGUGCGAUGAGGACAAGUACGGGGUAUGGCGGUUCGAGUACUAGGUAA